UUGAAGAGCAUACCCGAGGGUCCUGCUGCUCCACUCAACGUUCAAGACCGCGUGAACGCCACCGUCGGUCUUCUUCUCAGCAACGAAGCCGUUCCAGUUCUAGUUACAGGAAAUAUCCAGUUUGUUGGUACCACGCCAAGUUCGGACCACAGGCUCGCAGGCCUCGGCCUCGAAUACAGCGGGCACCGCUGUAUUCUAGGCCGAUGGCUGAGGGUCGGUCCAUUUGAUUAUACGCGUAAGAUCCUGCCGCUCCCGCUGCCGCUCCCGCUGCCGCUCCCGCUGCCGCUCCCGCUGCCGCUCCCGCUGCCGCUCCCGCUGCCCGCUCCCGCUGCCGCUCCCGCUGCCGCUCCCGCUGCCGCUCCCGCUGCCGCUCCCGCUGCCGCUCCCGCUGCCGCUCCCGCUGCCGCUCCCGCUGCCGCUCCCGCUGCCGCUCCCGCUGCCGCUCCCGCUCCCGCUGCCGCUCCCGCUGCCGCUACCGCUGCCGCUCCCGCUGCCGCUCCCGCUCCCGCUCCCGCUGCCGCUCCCGCUCCCGCUCCCGCUGCCGCUCCCGCUCCCGCUGCCGCUGCCGCUCCCGCUGCCGCUCCCGCUGCCGCUCUCGCUGCCGCUCACGCUGCCGCGCCCGCUGCCGCUCCCGCUGCCGCUUCCGCUCCCGCUGCCGCUGCCGCUCCCGCUGCCGCUCCCGCUGCCGCUCCGCUGCCCGCAAAAUUCGAGGCCCGCCUCUCAUGCAUUAGGCGAGCGCGGAAGGCACGUUGCGUAGUAACAAGUGAGCGACCGUUAGAAAAGAAGCUCUCAACUGCGAAGGCCCGCUGCUCUCUAAACCAGAGCAUGAUGGCAGCUGACUGGAGGGAGAAACAAACUUGGAAACUUCCCCCUCCAGAUGCGCCCCCUCUUGCCCCUCUACCCGCCCAACUCACCGCGCGGUAA